CUACAGCUGGCUUCAUGAAACAUAAAGCUUGAAAGUCAGAAUUAAUUGCAACAGUCCAGUGUGAGACUUUUGUGCUCCUUAAACAAAGAGGCUGUGUUUUAAGAUGAAGAGCCUUCUGCUUUUGCUCUUGUCUGCUGCAUUCUCUUACGGACUCCCGAUUUUGUCAGGGAAAACAAGUGAAGAGCAAAAGAUGCAGCUUGCACAGGACUAUUUAAAUCAGUUUUAUACACAAGAACAGGAACCAGGGCAGCGGGGGUGGAAAAGCAAUUACUCCUUUAUGGACAAAAUCCGACAGAUGCAAACAUUUUUUGGACUGAAUGUCACUGGAAAGGUCAAUGCAGCCACACUGGAAGUUAUGCAGCAACCGAGGUGUGGGGUACCUGAUAUUGGACAAUAUGUCUUGGCUCUUCCUGGGUGGGAGAAAACCAAGCUUACAUACAGGAUUGUGAAUUAUACUCCUGAUAUGGAAAAAGCUGACGUGGACACAGCCAUCCAAAGAGCAUUUGAAGUUUGGAGUACAGUGACUCCUUUAACCUUCAGGAGAGUUCAUAAUGAGAGAUCAGACAUCAUCAUUGAGUUUGCAACUCGAGUGCAUGGCCGCUGUCCUCGGCAUUUUGAUGGACCCCUGGGAGUUCUUGGACAUGCUUUCCCACCUGGCCAUCCCCUUCGUGGAAAUGUUCAUUUGGAUGAAGAUGAAGCCUGGACGGCCAGACUAGAAGCCCCAGGGCGAAGAAGAUCAGUCAAAUACCCUGAUGAUGUCAUUGCUCCUGCAUUGAGAAAUGUCCCAGAGCUAUACUCACCUGUGAUCCCUGCUCAUUACAGCACCAUUGAAUUCAACUUGUGGUUGGUGGCUGCUCACGAGAUUGGCCAUGUGCUUGGCCUGGCGCAUUCAAGUGACCCAAGAGCACUGAUGUUCCCAAAUUAUAAACCCAUUGAUCCUGAGGAUUUUCCACUUGCCCAAGAUGACAUUGAUGGCAUUCAGGCCAUCUAUGGACCAUCAUUAAAUCCACCAAAGAAGCCAGUGAAGCCAGCAAAACCUAAAGCUUGCAGUCCUAAAAUAUCAUUUGAUGCUGUCACUACACUUCGAAGAGAAAUACUAUUUUUAAAGGGCAGAUAUCUCUGGAGAGUGUACCCAAGUCGUUCUGAAGUAGAUUUGGAAUUGAUUUCUACCUUUUGGCCUUUCUUACCAUCUGGCAUCCAAGCAGCUUAUGAAAACAUGAAUGAUCAAGUUUUCUUUUUCAAAGAUAAUCACGUUUGGAUGAUUAGUGGGUUUCAGAUGCAGCCUGGCUACCCUAAAACCAUUGACAGUUUGGGCUUCCCACAAAGCACUAAGAAAAUUGAUGCUGCUGUUUUUGAUAAAAAUACUCAAAAAACUUAUUUCUUCGUGGGUAACAAGUAUUGGAGGUAUGAUGAAAACAGUCAAUCUAUGGACAAAGGCAACCCGCGAAACAUAAAGAAUGAUUUUCCUGCAAUUGGGCAGAAGGUUGAUGCUGUUUUUCAGCAUAAUGGACUCUUCUAUUUUUUCCAAGGGUCUAAGCAAUGGGAGUUUGAUCCAAAUACUAAAAGAGUGAUCCGUGCAAUGAAAAGCAACAGCUGGUUUAACUGUUAAGGAAGGGGAAAAAUUAAACACCAAAAUCUUUUCAGGAUGUGUCUCUCAUGACACUAAAAGCUACUUAUUAUCUUGUGCCUAUGCACAAAGAGCCUAGUUAAUUAUACAAAACUCAAAAUGGCAUCAGCAGUGCACUUUUCCUGCAGGGCAAUACCAUAUGUGUCUACUCAGGAGUAAGCCAUACGGUGUUCAGUCAGCCUUACUUUUGAGUCAGGGAGUGAAGAACUGCAGCCUUAAUGUUUUAUAGUCUGAAACAGAUUUUCAAUAAAGCCUUUAUU